CUCAGGGGCGCAUGCGCGGCGGGAGGGCGGUGUGAUGGCGGAGGGACCGCGGCCAUUCCGGCUGCGCGGGCGCGGAAGCCCGCAGAAGUUCGGUGUGGCGGCCGGGAGCUUGCGCGGGCUCCUGCGGAAAGGCUGCCGGUUGCUGCAGGUUCCCUUGGCAGGCAGCCGGCUCUGCCUCUACGAGGACGGGACGGAGCUGACCGAGAGUUAUUUCCGCGCCCUCCCGCCGCAGACGGAGCUGGUGCUGCUGGGCCCCGGGGAGAGCUGGCCGGGAUGUGCCAGCGACAUCGAGCGGUUCCUGGCUGCCUUCUCCAGCCAGAGAGACGCGGUGGUGGAGGCAGCACGGCAGCUGCUCUCCGGGGAGCGGGCCCCCAGGAGGCAGAAGCUGCUGGCGGAUCUCAUCCACAACCUGAGCGAAAACAUCCUGGCCGAGGAGAGGGAUGAGGACGAGAAGUGGUUUGAAGGUCUGGAGUCUCGCUUUAAGAACAAAUCGAGCUACAUGCGGUACAGUUGUGAGAGCAGAAUACGGGGCUACAUGAAAGAGGUUAGUGGUUUCAUUUCAAAUGUUCACCCUGCAGCAAGAGAUGCCUAUAAAGGGAUAAUUGACCUGAUGGCGGAGAAACUGAAAUCCGUGAAAUAUAAUGGGUGCUACUUUGACAGAAGGGAGGAGGAGGAGGCCCGUCUGUGCACGCAGGAGGGGUGGUUCUCAUGUCAGGGGCCUUUCGACAGCAAUGAGUGCCCGUGUAAGCAUUCAAUCAACCCCUACAGCAACAGGGAGAGCAGGAUCCUCUUCAGCACCUGGAAUCUCGAUCACAUAAUAGAGAAGAAACGUGCUGUCGUCCCAGAACUGGCAGAAGCUGUCAAAACACGAGAUGGGAGAGAAGUGAACUGGGAAUACUUCUAUCAGCUGCUGUUUACCGUGGAGAAUUUAAAACUUGUACAUAUCGCUUGCCAUAAGAAAACCAAUCAUCAUCUCAGCUGUGACAAAGCUAAAAUUUACAGAAAAGGGAAACAAAACCACAAGAUUUCAUAGCGCUAUCCCUGGAAGUGAGUCCUGCUUUUUGCAAAAUCGUGUCACUUGGUAUCAUUGUUAAAUAGCUCGAGUUUCUUAAACAAAAGCUUAUUUAGGAGUCCCUGGCAAAAGAGACUUGCAAAGUGAUUCAACUGCCAUCUCACAACCCAGACAUUCCUAUCGUGCCUCAUUCUGCUCUCCUGCCUUCUCAGUGACUGGAGUCUUCCUCAGAUCGUGCCCUGUCGAGUGUGAUAAGAUACAGCUGUGAGUCAGGGUGUGAAGAUGAAGCCAGAGGCUGGUGCUGGUUACACCCUACGAUCUGAGGGCACUUGUAGAUUUGUAUUUUACUGAGUAUUAGGCCAAACAAAGAAUACUUCAGGGGAAUUAUUUUGCUCUGAGCCAAACACCUGCGCUUAUUCCUGACCACCCUGUUUGCUGGUGCUUUAGACCCACGUCUCCUGGGAAGAAGAGUAAGGCCAGGGCACAGCUUUGCUUUUACCUCUGCUCUCUGUCAGCUUGCCCAUUGAUUUCCCUUUCCUUUCAGACACUUUCUGCCUCUUCACCUUGAGUUUGCUUGAAGCAGUACAAGGAUAUUGUGUAAUAAUCAUGUUUACCUGCUACUUCAGAGAAUGGGCCUUCUGUAAAACACUUCCUACCUCAGGUAACAAAAUACAAAUAGAUCCAUUUUUACUUGAUUUUUUUAAAAUACCUGCUGAGCAACUGAACUUUUAAAGACUCAGUGUGACACAAAUUUUUUUUUUAAAUAAAAAAAAAUGACCACCAUC